ACGAAAUCUUGAAUCAUUCCAAAACCCUCAAAAUACCAGAAUACUUUGCAUAAAAGGUCACUAAAAUAUUAGAAUUUAAUAAAAGAGUUGGAAGCCACGAAAAAAAAAAAAAGCCAUGGUUGAGAAUGGCUUCAACUGCUGCUCAUAUCGGAGAAUUACAACAUUCAGCAAAUUGGAGAGAUAUUUUUUGUGAAACAUUGGUUAAAGAUUUUGUUUCCACGUUAGAGGGCGAUCUAGAUAAGUGGAAAACCGAUGAUUCAGCAUAUCUCAUUGAGUACGAAUGGUUCGAAGCAUAUAAAGACUUCUUGAGUGGAAAAAGCCAUCUCCCUGGACCAAUAGAGCAAAGAAAAUUGCUGGAUAAAAAUCACCAGCUUUUACCUGGGCUUGAGGAAUCAAUUGACUAUACGAUUAUAUCUUCUUCUGCCUGGCAAAAGCUAGCACAAUGGUUUGGAGUCCAUGGAUUCGCGAUUGAACGAAAAGUUAUACGCACUGGACCAGAACACAAUUUGCAACCAUUCGUGAAUGUAUACCCCAUUAGUUUUUCUACGGUCUUCAUUUACGCCGAUUCGAUAAACAGAGAACUCUCAUUUCUUCCGCCAACUCUGCACUACGAAGGUCCUUAUAAAUUCCAUUUCUCAAGAAGUCAUACCCUUAAAGAUCUAUUUCAAUUUGUUCGUACCAAUUUUCAUAUACUAAAAUCUUUAAAAUACCGUAUAUGGUAUAAUGAACGAUUAUUACCAUCGAACCGUUUUCUACCAAUAUCUUAUGCCAGAAGCCUUAAGGGAACUAUUCUCUUAAAUGAUUUUGCCGACUGCAUGACAAUGUUUGAGAUGAAUAUGGAGAAAGGAUGCCUUAUUAUUGAAACUCUAAACGCUCAAUUUCAAGGAUGGCUGAUGGAUUCACCUCAGACAGUUGACACAAAGAGUAUGGUUGAGCGGGGUUACUGUGGUAUAAAUAAUAUUGGAAAUACUUGCUAUAUGAAUUCUGCUCUCCAAUGCUUAUUUCAUACUUACGAGCUUUCAGAAUAUUUUAUUCAAGAUCGGUAUAAAGGGGAAAUUAAUUCCACCAAUCCUUUAGGAAUGAAAGGAAAGGUUGCUCUUGCUUAUGCUAACCUUUUAAAACAAGCAAAUAAUAAUGGGGUUUCUGGACCCUCACUUUCUCCUUUCACUUUAAAAUAUAUUGUUAGUGAAUUCAAUUCAUCCUUCGCCGGCUAUAGUCAAAAUGAUUCACAAGAAUUCAUUGCAUUUUUCCUUGACGGUUUACAUGAAGAUUUGAACAGAGUUAUCAACAAACCAUAUUUUGAAAGACCGGACUUGUACAGUGAAAAUCCGGUGCAGGUUCAAAAGGUGGCAGAUGAAUGCUGGGAGACCUAUUCCAAAAGGAAUGAUUCAAUCAUUGUUGAAUUAUUUCAAGGAAUGUACAAAAGUACAUUGCAAUGUUCAACUUGCUGCUUGAAGUCCGUGGUCUUUGAUCCUUUUAUGUACCUUACUCUGCCCCUUCCAAAGUUACCCAAGUGGAGACAUACUGUAAAUUUUGUGCCUAUAUCAGAUCAUGAUUCCCCCGAAAAGUUCGACAUUAAGAUUCCUUCUGACUACACUGUGCAGGAAGCCAAGUGUUAUGCUGUAAUGCGCUUGCAACAGUUUGGUUACAGCACAGAGUCGGUGAAGGCAGUAGAUAUCUAUGAUGGAAAGGUGUAUAAGUGUUUAAACGAACACGAGAAAAUCUCCAAAAUAAUCCAUUCUUAUGAUCGCUUGUUCAUGUAUGAAACUACAAAAGAGAAGAUAAUUACGCCCAUUGUCCACUGCAAAAGUCGUCCUCAAUUACCUGGAUCAUUUCAACGUUGUGACCCUUUCGGGUAUCCGCUGCAACUUUCUUUUUCCCAGAAUUAUAUCUCCAAAGAAGAGUUAUAUAGAAGAGUACGCAAACUAUAUCAUAAGUAUGCUGACAUUAUUGUAACUCCCGAUAUGUUUCAAAUUUGUGUUCAGAAUGUUCCACCUGGUGUGGAUGUGUGGAAUAGAUUGAAAGAGUUUGAAAGCUAUGAAUAUACCCCAGUAAGCGAAGAAGGUGUCCUUUUAAAUAACCAGACGAUUAUCAUGUGUGUAUGGAAGGAAGACAGUCAGAAAAAAGCAUUUAUAAAAAAUGAGUGGAUUUUCGAAGGCCAGCAAUACCAUUUGAGUUCCAUCACUUUGGAUGAUUGUCUUGAAGAGUUUUCCCGGCCUGAACAGCUUUCGUUGGAAGAUUCAUGGUAUUGUCCAUCUUGUAAGGAUUUCCGGGCGGCUACCAAACAAAUGGAAAUUUGGAAAUUACCAAGAAAUUUAAUUAUACAUUUGAACCGUUUUAGUUGCACAAACCGGAUGCGAAAACUUCGGAAAAGAAAAGAUUAUGUACUUUUUCCUACAAUGAACUUGGACAUGCAAGCACAUAUUAGUCCUUUAAGAAACCUAAAGGAGAAAGAAGCUAAGAAAAGAUCAUAUACAUACGACUUGUACGCUGUUGAUAAUCAUCAUGGGUACAUGAUCAAUAGCCACUAUACCUCGUAUGCUAAGGAUGCAUUGACGGGUAAAUUUUUAAAUUACGAUGAUGCAUACGUUAGGAGCGUUGGAGACGAUUCCAUUGUCACAUCUGCGGCAUAUGUGCUCUUUUACCAAGAAAAAAAAUAAGAGGUAAGGAUAUUCGAAAAAAAAGAUCCUGUUCUAAAAAGCCUGUAAACGAAAGACUUGUAUAUUAUUAAUAAACGAGGUAUUAAACAAUGCAUACUAGACUUCAAAACAAAGAGGAGAAGAAAGGUUGAAGAGUUAUCAUUAGCAAAAUAGAAGAAAUAAAAGAAACGUAAAAAUUUAAUGAUUAAAAUCCCUCA